AUGCUCGGCGACCUCAACGCGACACACCUGCUCGGCGCGUCCCUGCGGGUGCGCUCUACGCGCAGUGCUUCGGCGCCCUCGUCUCCAUCUUCCUCAGCGCCGCGAUGCAUGUCGCGUUCAGCACCCGUGCAGCAACACGCUCUCCUCGUCCGCGUGCGAGGUCGCCGUGCCCGACGUGAAGAGCUGGCGUGCCGUCUCGAUCGCGUGUCGGGCUCGUCGUUGCCCAUCCCGACGUCCUCCGGCAUCGUCGCGCUCUGCUUCAUGGCGUUGGUGCUGCCAGUGAGCACGUUCGUCAAGCCCCGGUACAUCCCCGUGGAUAAAGCACUGGGUCCCAAACUGGAACGUGGUCGGCAUCGCGUUCGUCCUCGGGCCGACGAACACGUACCCCGUCGCGAUGCCGUUCGGGAGCGUGGUCGCGUUCGUGUGGCGGCGCCGCUGGCAAACGCGUGGUUCCUCCUGGGCUACGCAGUCGCCGCGGGCAUGAUCGCGGGCGAGGGCCUCGGCGGGACCGUGAAUGCGGUGCUGCAAAUCGGGAAGGCCGCUGUCCUUGCUGGCACUUGCGUUACGAUGCACCACCCACGCAGUUGGGUCGUUGACGAGGCAGAUGUCGGCGAGCGCGCCGUUCGUCCGCCAUCGCCUAUUGGGCUGCUCUCGCUACUGCGUCUGGCCAAGUACGCGCUGACCGGCUAG